ACAAGGUCUUUACUGGGUGUGUUUGAAGAAGAUGCUACAGCUAUUUCCAACUAUAUGAACCAGUUGUAUCAAGCUAUGCAUCGGAUUUAUGAUGCACAGAAUGAAUUAAGUGCGGCAACACAUUUGACCUCAAAACUUUUAAAAGAAUACGAAAAACAGCGUUUUCCUUUAGGAGGUGAUGAUGAAGUUAUGAGCUCUACUUUACAACAGUUUUCAAAAGUUAUAGAUGAGCUUAGCUCUUGUCAUGCGGUACUUUCAACUCAACUUGCUGAUGCCAUGAUGUUCCCCAUUACCCAGUUUAAAGAAAGAGAUCUGAAAGAAAUAUUAACAUUAAAGGAAGUGUUUCAGAUUGCUAGUAAUGAUCAUGACGCUGCAAUUAAUAGAUACAGCCGAUUAUCAAAAAAAAGAGAAAAUGACAAGGUGAAAUAUGAAGUAACAGAAGAUGUGUACACUUCCAGAAAGAAACAACACCAGACCAUGAUGCAUUAUUUCUGUGCACUAAAUACUCUUCAGUACAAGAAGAAAAUAGCAUUGUUAGAACCUCUACUUGGGUACAUGCAAGCUCAGAUAAGUUUUUUCAAGAUGGGUUCUGAAAAUCUCAGUGAACAACUGGAAGAAUUUUUAGCUAAUAUUGGAACAAGUGUGCAGAAUGUCCGCAGGGAAAUGGACAAUGAUGUAGAGACCAUGCAGCAGACAAUAGAGGAUUUGGAAGUAGCCAGUGACCCCUUGUAUGUGCCGGACCCAGACCCCACCAAAUUUCCUGUAAAUCGGAACUUAACCCGAAAAGCUGGAUACCUUAAUGCUAGAAAUAAAACAGGCUUGGUGUCAUCUACCUGGGACAGACAGUUUUACUUCACCCAGGGUGGGAACUUAAUGAGUCAGGCCCGUGGCGACGUAGCUGGAGGCCUGGCCAUGGACAUAGACAACUGCUCAGUGAUGGCCGUGGACUGCGAAGACAGGCGAUACUGUUUUCAGAUCACCUCUUUUGACGGAAAAAAAUCUUCAAUUUUACAAGCAGAGAGUAAAAAAGACCAUGAGGAGUGGAUUUGCACAAUAAACAACAUAUCUAAACAGAUAUACUUAAGUGAAAAUCCAGAGGAAACUGCUGCACGAGUAAAUCAGUCAGCUCUGGAGGCUGUCACUCCUUCCCCAUCUUUCCAGCAGAGGCAUGAGAGCCUGCGGCCAGCAGGACAAACUCGGCCGCCGACAGCUCGAACCAGCAGUUCAGGAUCCUUAGGAUCCGAGUCCACAAAUUUGGCUGCCCUCUCUCUAGAUUCUCUGGUUGCUCCAGACACCCCGAUACAGUUUGACAUAAUCUCUCCAGUGUCUGAAGAUCAGCCUGGCCAGGCAAAAGCCUCUGGCCAGGGAGGCAGGCGCACAAACCCAUUUGGAGAAUCUGGAGGAGUUACAAAAUCUGAAACUGAAGAUUCUAUUCUUCAUCAGUUAUUUAUUGUCCGAUUCCUUGGUUCUAUGGAGGUGAAAUCAGAUGACCAUCCAGAUGUUGUUUAUGAAACAAUGCGCCAAAUCUUAGCUGCCCGGGCCAUCCAUAACAUCUUCCGUAUGACAGAAUCACAUUUAUUAGUCACUUGUGAUUGUUUAAAGUUAAUUGAUCCCCAGACACAAGUUACAAGGCUCACGUUUCCAUUACCCUAUGUAGUUUUGUACGCUACACACCAGGAAAAUAAGCGACUUUUUGGAUUCGUUCUUCGGACAUCAGGAGGAAAAAGUGAGAGUAAUCUGUCAUCAGUCUGCUAUAUAUUUGAAUCAAACAAUGAGGGGGAAAAGAUUUGUGAUUCUGUUGGCCUGGCAAAACAGAUAGCUUUGCAUGCUGAACUGGACCGUAGGGCAACAGAGAAACAAAAAGAAAUAGAGAGAGUGAAAGAGAAGCAACAGAAAGAACUCAGUAAACAAAAACAGAUUGAAAAGGACUUGGAAGAACAGAGUCGGUUGAUAGCUGCUUCCAAUAGACCAAACCAAACUAGUGGUGAAGGGCAGUUUGUUGUCCUUAGCAGCAGCCAGUCAGAAGAGAGUGAUUUGGGAGAAGAAGGGAAGAAGAGAGAGUCAGAAGCAUAAAACUUACCCUUGCUUUUUGAUUGCUAUCCCCUCCCCCAACCUCAAAUAUGACAAUUUCUGUGGUGAAAUGGCACAAGGUAACAACUAUGUUGAAAUAAGAAGGAAACUAGGCUUUAUAUUUCCUUGUUUUAGUUUCAUUUAAACAAACAAACAAAAGGAUUGAACUCGAUGACUUGGGUUUGCAUUUUUUUUUCUUAAAAAUAAUAUGCUAUGCAUUACAUUAAAAUUCCAGAUGUCCAAAAGAAACUUCAUCUCCCUGGGGUAGAAUGCUGAGGAAUUUAUAUUAGCUCAAGCAAUUCUUCCUCUGAUUAUUGCAAACUUUUUUUUAAUCUUGGAUUGUAACUGGCUUUGACCAUAAAAAAUAACUUAUUCUUAAGAGUCAGAUAUUCACAAAUAUGCUUCCUCUCAUUUACUAGGAACAUUUUGCUGGUAGUAAGGAAGCAUUCAACUGAAUAUUUUAACAAUGUUAAAUGUGCAAUAGAACUUUUAUAACGUAGAUGUAAGAUUUCAAAUUGUGGUGGGAGGUACUAUUGAUUUCAGGGCACUCUCUUGGAUUGCUCACUUUUCUCUAUGGACUGCACCUGAUGCCAGUAGGAAAGGAAUUGAAGUGUCUUCAGUUCAGGAUUGAUACAGCCCUUGGCAUUUUAUUAUCAUAUUCUUAGUUCUCAGGUUGGAACUUCAAUGACUAUUGUACAGCAGUAAUGGUCAAAAUAAGAUUAUGGAAUUUAUAAAGAGAUUUUUUGUUUUAGGUUCAAAUACAUUUAGAUUAGGAUUGACAUGUAAAGAUAUUGUUAUAGGAUGAUACAUUGUAUUUUCUGCAUUGUGUGAAAUAAUUUCUAUUGAAAACCAAGUGACAUUUCAAAAGAUGUGCUAUGAUCAUGUUUCUUGCUUAAAGUGAAAAUUCCCAGAGUUUAGUUUAGAAAAAUGUAACCUUUUAAAAUUCAGAUUGAUACUCCUAGUAUUUUCAUAAUCCCAUAUUUUGAUAAAGUACUGCAUCACCACUUUAUAUCUACAAAGGCAAAUAACUAAUAUAUGAGAAUGGGAUAAUUUGCACUAAUUAUUGUAAAUACUUCUAUUCUUCAAGUGAGUAAAAGUCUAACUCCAUGAAAGAUUGAGAAGAAAUUGAAUGUCUGGUAUAAGAGAAGUCAGCAAGGAAGAAUUUUAGCCUGGUGCCAAGGUUAAAAUGACAUUCCUCUUCUGCCUAUCUUCUAUAUCAAAACUUGAUUUUUUCUUUAAUCAGAUUUUUAACAUCGCUGGUAGAAAUUAUGUUCAUUUGUUUCACAUGAAAAAGUAUAUAUAUAUGUGUGUGUGUGUGUAUAUAUAUAUACACACAUACACACUCACAUGAGUUAAAUAUAGUUUACAAAUAUCUUACAUAGUAUAUUGAUAAAUAUUCAAGAGGUUAGCCACUAGUACUACUAAUUUCACAAGGGAAAACCUUUUGUUAUUCGAUACAAAAUAUGUUCUUCUUAGUUCUGAAUUAGAAAUGGCAUCUGUUUUAGUUCUCGAAGUAUAGGUAGUGUUUCAUACCACGUAUGUACAUUGUUUUCUGUAGGAAUGGGAUAACUAUAUAUAGAAUCAUAAUACUUUUUUUUUAUGUGCCAAAUGGGAGUAAUCAUUAUUUUAUACUCUUUGAAGCCUUAUGUUACCAAAACAUGUAGUAACAGAGUCUAAAUUUAUGGAAUACUUUUUGAUAAAAAGUUUAUUUUGUGUAUAUUAAAGGGAAUGCUUUCACAAUAGUCUAUCAUUCCUUUUGUUGAAGUUGAGAUUUUUUUCUGUGGUUAACACUUAAUUAGUCUUAGCAAAUCUUGCUUUUAAGACUGUUUGAGAUGGUAAGCUGUUUCAUUAAGUUUUUUGUUUUAACUGUAAAUUGUAACCUCAUUGGUUUAGAUGAAACCUGUCACCCGGCAAGGAAGGUGGUCAUCACCAGGAAGCAGUUAUACUAUGCUGGUGCUCGGCACAGCUGCGUAGUGCUCAUUACUUUGUUAGUACUCGGGGUCAAAGUAGACAAGAGUUAGGGUACUGACAGACUUAGGGAUGCUGGCAGACUUGUGCUUCCUUUAUGUCGUGUUUCCUUAGGAAUUUUCAUAACAUACCCGUGUCCAUAGGUCAGACCAAAAUGCAUUCCAAUGCCAAAUAGAAGUCAUUACUGUUCAUAUUUAACAAUUUUAGAUGAAUUGUGUGAACUCUUCCAUUACCCUAAAUAUUUAAGCAGCAACUUUAUUAAGUUCUUCUUUUCAUUUAGAACUUAAAGAAUUGAAAGAGUUCCUGUCUAAUGUUAAAGUUGAUAUUGUUCUGGUAUCUUCUAUUGAAAUCCCUUCCAGCUCUGGGAUGCUUUGAUGGUGACUGGGUUAAAUUUUAGGAUAUCUUUUCUCAGAUUUGUUUAUACUUAACGGUUUUUAGAAAUUUAACAAAACUGCUUUUUUAAAAGGGAAGAAAUUAAGCCUGCCUAAGUAUGCUAUGCACUCUGCUACCUAUGUGGAUAGUACUUCUGGAACUAUAUGGUAAUUAAGUCAAUAGAUAAGAAAGUAGUUCAUCCUUCUCCCUUUUAGGAUUUUGAAAACUGGCUAGCAAGGGACUGAAAUUGUUACCAUAAACAGAGUCCCCAAAGUUUGUCUAGUUGUUGCCACUUCUGGAAUCAAUAAUUUCAAAACAAUUCUCAGCCUCCACAAUCUAGUAAAGUUGUUUGCAUUAUGCUUGGGUAAAGGACAGGAGGGUGUGCACAACAUAGGUAAGACAUGUAAUCUAAUGUCAUAAAGGCAUCUGAGUUAAUUUGGAGAAAGAUAUAUAGAUAGGAUCACAGUUAUUUAAAAUUUUAAUCUUAUAAAUGCUGACAAACCCUAAGAGCUAGUGUAUUGCAAAACCUCCUACCACCUGAAUAAAAUGAAAAUACUCACAUUGGUUUUUACCUAGGAAGCCUAGCAUUCAGAUUGCACUUUCAAUAUUUAAGCACAUUAAUUGUACAAGCCCUCAUUUCAUUUUUAGCAAAUUUGGCUUAUUCUUUGAGAUUUUGUUCUUCCGUAUUAGCUAAUAAUAUGUAAAGAUUUGAAACUGGAACCAUAUUAUACUUUUAAACAAAUCUUUUGUGGCUGCACAUGUAUGUAAUUUACUUAGUUGAUAUGAGAACUAGGGAUUACAUUAUAACUAGUGUGCAACAUUGCUUUGUAUAUUUGGUGAUUUUGUAAUGUAAAUGAAUUGGUUCAUUCUUAUUUCUCUAAUACUACUAAUUAUGUAGUGUACGAUUGAAAGUCAUACAACAUUUCCCUUUAGAAUUUGAUUUGGAGAACUAAAUUUUAUGUGACUGUGGUAUACAUGUGGGGUGGAGAAUUUUUUUUUUCCAUUUUGUCAAAAUAUUUGCUUACAAGGCUUCAGGAAAUAUGUUGUUACUAGUUUUUUUUAAAUAUAUAAUAAAGUCCAUGAUUUUUGUACAGCCUUUUUUGUAUGAAAUAUUUGAUAUGUAAUCUGAAUUUUAUUUCUCAAAGUAAUUUCAAAUGAUGUUUGUAACACAACUGAACUCUUUCUUAGUUUAUUAUGACACUAUAGUUACAUAUCUAGCCCCACCACAAUUCUGCAAUAGGUAAGAUGAAAGAUGUCACUUAUUAGGAAAAGGUUGUUAUAUAGAUGCAAACUAAUUCAGUUCUAGCGACUUUUCUUUUAUCAAAAAAGGAUGACUUCAGUAAUUAACAGACUUACUACAA